UCAUUAGCAGACGACAUGGCGGAUGGGGAUGAUGUUGAUGACAUAUUGUCAUCAAAACAAAAAGUUCUGACAGAUGGGAGUGAUGUCCAAAGAAAGCAUGAACCACCAUCUGCCAAUUCCUUCACACCAAGCAAACCUAUCCAUAAACUCCUAUCUGAUGUUGGACAGUACUCUUAUGCAGCAUUGUGCGCUGUUUCACUUCGUCUUUUGUUUGGUGACAGUUGGCACAGGAAUUUCAAAGAAGACACUUUAAAUGCUAUUCUCAAACACUUGGAUCAACCAAGUCAGGUAUGUGAAUCCAUCCAGGCCCUUCUCGCUGGCCAGGGAGUCGAGGAGACCAACCCAUAUGUGGAUCUGCUUUUUGAAGAAGAAGUGCUAAACAAUAAUGGGGAUCCUAUUGUCACUGACCUCGUCACUAUGGCAAUCACCAAAGGGUGCUAUGAUUCCCGUAUGCGUGUGUUUGUGAAGCAUGCUGCCUGGCAGCUCCGCGUCAGCUGGGACAUCUUGGAGGACAUCGAGUGUCAGCUGGCGGAGACGCUCGGAAGCAACCAAUACGUCAGGACAGAUGAAGAGAUCAAAGAAAAGAAGAGAGAAGCUACAAAAAGUAAAGUGAAGAGGAUAGCCCUCAUCAGUCUCGCCACAAUAGGAGGUGGAACACUCAUAGGUCUGACUGGAGGCCUGGCAGCCCCACUGGUGGCAGCCGGAGCUGGAGCCCUGAUUGGUGGAGCUGGGGCAGCGGCACUGGGGACUACAGCGGGCGUGGCCAUCAUCGGGUCCCUGUUUGGUGUAGCAGGGGCUGGACUUACAGGCUACAAGAUGAAGAGAAGAGUUGGUGCAAUUGAAGAGUUUGAGUUUGAACCGUUGAUCCCUGGAGCACAGCUACACAUGGAAUCGGUCACUAAGCAGCUGCACAUCACAGUGGCAGUGACUGGCUGGCUCUCCAGCACCAUGCAAGAUUUCCGUCAGCCAUGGAAAUCUUUAGCAGAAUCACGAGAGCAGUAUUGUUUGAGAUGGGAGUCUAGGUAUCUCAUUGAGCUGGGAAAGGCUUUUGAUUAUAUCUUAAGUGGUGCUGUAACCAUGGCAACUCAGGAAGCACUGAAAUAUACAAUACUCUCAGGUCUGCUGGCUGCUAUAGCCUGGCCGACUGCCUUGUUGUCUGCAGCCAGCAUGAUUGACAACCCCUGGAGCGUGGCUGUGCAGAGAGCCAACUCAUCUGGAAAACAGCUGGCUGAAGUGCUGCUGGCCAGAGAGCAAGGGAAGAGGCCAGUGACACUUAUUGGUUUCAGUCUGGGAGCCAGGGUCAUCUUUACUUGCCUGGAAGAACUUUGCAAGAGAAAAGGGUGUGAAGGUAUUGUGGAAGAUGUGAUCCUCCUGGGGGCUCCUGUAUCUGGAGACUCCAAAUACUGGAAGCCGUUGGAGCGUGUCAUAGCGGGCAAGAUCAUCAACGGAUAUUGCAGAGGAGACUGGUUGUUGAAGUUCCUGUACCGCACAGCCUCAGUUCAGAUGAAGAUAGCAGGACUCGGACCCAUCAAGUGGAACAAUCGCAGGAUGCACAACAUUGAUCUCAGUGAUGUGGUCAAUGGGCACAGUGACUACAUGAAGCAGCUGGAUGUCAUUAUGAAAGUCGUGGGUGUCCGCACCAAGGAUGAACUGAAGAAAUCAAGUACUAAGAGCAGCUUCAAUGGCAGCCUGUCUCCUGGCGACACACCAAUGUCAGAUCAACCAUCUCAGUCAACAUCAUUAUCAACAUCUCCAUCACUUACAGCAUCACCAUCUUGUGCAGGGUCAGUCGAGAUGCAAGAGAUUUCUAGUCCUCAUGCUGAAGGAGAGAUGUCUGAUCAGGCAGUGGAUGACAAUACCUCAGACAGUCAGAGUCAGCUGGACACACUGGGAAACUCAGGGAAACCUUCCAGGCAGUCACAUGACAUUGAUAGGAAGGAGACACUACACAAUGACGGGGCCAAGCCUGCCUACAAUCAGAAUCAGAAUGCAGGAAUGCCUUCACAAUCAUGUCGCAGUGAUUGGCAAGAGAUGCUACAAGAUUGUAGGCACAGCCCUUCCUUUGAAAUUACGUCAAGCAGUUUUCUAGAAACCAAAGAAAGUAUCACAGAAAAUGAAGUGCCUGGAACAGCCUCCCCCGAUGAUAAACCAGGAAGUAGGGAGGACAUGAAUGGUGUACAGAAAGGUGGUGAUGAUCAAAGGGAGACUGAUGAGGAGGGGAGCUUGAGGAGUGUGACGGACAGAUACGAAACAGGAAGGAGUCAGUUCCUGGUAGAUGGUUCGGAAUCACAAGUACUGAAAAGUAGCCUUGAGACUGAUGGCGUAGAGAGGGUGACGUCAGGUUUGGGAGAUGUGCAUGUUGUUCCCCACACAGCCAAUGAUGUGUAGCAUGGAGGGACGGAAGGUGUUAUCAUGACCAAAUUGUUCUGCCAUAUUCACUUGAUGCCUGUGGUCAACAAAAUGGGUAUUUUCUUGGAAGUUCCUUUGACAGACAUUCAUUUUGAAUAUUACUGUCUAUUCAUGCUAGUCAUGCUAUAAUGUUGGAAGUUUAUAACAACAAUUUUGGAGUUUUAAGUACUUAUGAUAAAGACUUAUUGCAAAGUAUUGACCACUGGGGAAUCCUGUAUGUGUCUCUGUACAACCCUCUUGGAAAUCAGAAGGAGAAAAUGAAGAGGCUACACGUAUGAUAAAGCUGAUGAUCUGUUGGUUGGUUGAGGAAGUAUCACUUCUUUGUACAUAUCACACUGUUGACAGUCAUUCAACAUUGUCAAGGGGUGCAAAAUUCAACCACUUUGGGUUCAGUCAUUGCUCAUUAUGGUCAAAAGCCACAAAAGUUGGACCUAAUGGAACUUGCAGUCAUUACUCAAAUUGGUCAAGAGGCACAAGCUUAACCUCUUGGGGUUUGCAAUCAUUGCUGAGCAUGGUCAAAAGCCAUAAAAAAAUUCAGUCAUUAUUCAAUAUGGGCAAGAGGCACAAGCUUAACCUCUUGGGGUUUGCAAUCAUUGCUCAGCAUGGUCAAAAGCCAUAAAAGUUUUCAGUCAUUAUUCAAUAUGGUCAAGAGGCACAAGUUGAACCUUCUGAGGUUUUGCAAUCACUGCUGAGCAUGGUCAAAAGCCAUAAAAAAAUUCAGUCAUUAUUCAAUAUGGGCAAGAGGCACAAGCUUAACCUCUUGGGGUUUGCAAUCAUUGCUCAGCAUGGUCAAAAGCCAUAAAAGUUUUCAGUCAUUAUUCAAUAUGGUCAAGAGGCACAAGUUUAACCUCUUGGGGUUUGCAAUCAUUGCGCAGCAUGGUCAAAAGCCACAAAACUUGAUCCUCCUAGAGCUUGCAGUCAUUAUUCAAUUUGGUCAAGAGACACCAAAGUUUAACUGCCUUGGGAGUUUUUGGCGCUGACCUUAUGUAUUGGAGCAAAUGUCAGGGGUACAUUUUGUUGGGAGUUUCACAUUGCUACAGCAGGAAAUACUCUCCCUUGUCACAAGUUAUAAGAUAUACAUGCAUAAAAAAAAUGAUGAUGCUCAGACAGUUUAGUUUACAUAUUUUCUUUCCAGAACCAUGGGGUUGAUCGUCAAAAUGAAAAAUAUAUAACAAACUAUGACAUAAUUUUCUUUAUUUUUAAAGAUGGAAAGGAUGAAAUAAAAUAAAAACAUCAGGAAAGAUUAGAGAUAUUCAAAGGGAAAGCAAAAAACAACUCCUCAAAAGUGAAAUUUGGGACUUGAGAUCCACAAAUGUUUCAGUUAAAAAUAAAAUGCCUAACAUUAUACAUAUUAUUUCGUUUUAAGGUGCAGUGCUAAUGAUGUUCAUUGUUUGUUAAGGCAAUGUUUUCAGCCAGUUCUGAAAUUAUUUUUUCCUUUCAAGUCCAAGUGUUUCACUGAAAAUAACAAUACUGUACAUAAGCAUGGGAAGUUAGGCACAUGACAACUAUUGUUUGUGUAAAGCUCUCACUAUCUGAUAUAAUUUGAUCAUUCUGUUAUGGUAUCCUCUGAAUGAGGUUUUUUCACUAAUACAGUCUGAUGUCACUGGUUUAAUUCCACAUAAAGAUGCCUACAGCUAUGUCACUGUUCUGCCUUUUGCUGUUCAAAGUGCCUGAAUUGCAGCUUUGAAUUGAACACUUGUGUUUAAUCAUUGAUGUCAUGUUGAGUUUGAUAUAUGAUUUUUGUGCUUUUACAUUUAACAUAUUUUGGGACCAGUAUAAGUAUUUUGACGUUAUUGUAACCUGUUAUCUCAGACUUGUCUUGUUUCCUUAGUGAUGAUGAUACAAAUGUACCAAGAUUGCUAAAGCAGCUCCACUUAUAUGAAAUAUGUUUGCUGUUCAAUGCUGCACUUAGCACUAUUCCAGCUAUAUCAUGGUGGUCUGUAAGAUAGUGAAGUCUGGACCAGACAAUCAAGUGAUUGACAUCAUGUGCAUCCAUCUAUGAAUCCAUCUAUGCAAUUAGGAUAUAGCGACAUGCAUGAAACAUGUGCACAUUCUCAGAUACAGAGGGGGAUGUGGGGAGAUGGAUGGAUGCGCUUUCCCCUUUUGGAAUCAUGCUUAACAUGUAAACAUAUAAAAUUAAAUCAUUGGUUUUAUGUUUUCAACAAAAUAACAAACACAAUUUGUUUUGCGAAAUAUUUGCACUCACCCAGCUAGAUGUAUACUACUCAAAAACAUGAAGGAUCACCCAAUUCUUUCAUAUGUAGUCAUGUACUACAUGUACAGUCAAUUUGUCAUGGAAUUCCUGAACUUGUUUUAGUAGUACAAUUAAAGUGCACACCCAUUUCCAGAAGUCUGUAUCCAUGCCUGGUGCAUCAACAGAGUUAACCCUAUGAGAGUUCUGUAGCAGAGUAGGUCCCAAGUACAUCAUGAUUGGCAGAAUGCUUAUUUCCCACCUGAAUUAAAUGCAUGCAUUUAUCACUGAUGUGCGAUUUACAUCAAAAGUAUCCAAUAAACUCAGGUCGCACACAUCACAUAGAGAUGGGUAGUUUGUAGAGGAUUUGUUGAUUUGAGCGUUGUUAUUUGUAUAUUGUCUUUAAUAUAAUCCCAUCUGUUUAGUUAAUGUUGGCAGUAAUGCUUUUAGUCAGCUUGUGCAGUAAUUUGUGUUUGCAACUUUUUGUGACUUGUCAUUUGUAGUACCUUGAUUUGGUAUCUUGUAUAGUCAGCUUGAGAAGUUGAGGAUGGUCAUGUGGCGGUCGGGUAGCCAAGUGGUUAAAGCCGAAGACCCGGGUUCGAUUCCCGACAUGGGUACAAUGUGUGAAGCCCAGUUCUGGUGUCCCCCGCCGUGAUAUUGCUGGAAUAUUGCUAAAAGCGGCGUAAAACCAUACUCACUCACGCAUGUGCCUCCCACUAGGACAGGAAGGCCCAUCUGACCUGAUCCCCGCUACACAGGUCACUUGAAGCUUCAUAUUGACCAACUCACCUCCAAGGUUGUGGACAGGUGCAGUUAUCCAUGAAUGACAUCCGUAGCUUGUACGCUUGGUGACUGUGUUGACCUCUUUAGACAUGACAUCUGACAUCAAAUCAGAUUGAAGUGGCUCAAAUUGAAAUUGGGGACCUGGGAUUUUUUUUUAAAUACAUAAAUUUAUUCCUGACAAUGCUGGAAAUAUAAAGUUGCCUCAGGUGUUGCAAUAAAAAUAACUGGAAGGUAAAACUGUUUUUGUUUUGCUCUGUGAGAGAAACUUUUCUUUCUCGAACAAAAAUCCCAAUCCCCAAAAUUUUUAAUGGUCAUCACAUAGUUUGUCAUCACAUUUUUGUCAUAGUAUUUGCUUUUUAACUUGUUCCUCCUCGUGAUACCAUUUCAGUUUGAGGGAGUUACCUGCAGAAGCCACAGUAUUGUGAAGCAUUUAUAUUGAUUCUUGCUCAAGUCAUCACAGCAAUGCAGAAUGAGCAUGGUAGUUUUGUCAUUCCAUCAUAUGUGUUCUCUUUAAAACACAUUGUACAUGGAUGUGUACAAUGUUUUAUGUAAGUAAUGGUAGUAUGCAUAAUACAGUGCAAGAAAAUACGCUUGGCACUUAGCAGUGAAUGGAGUUGAUAGAAUUAAAAUCAGACCAUUAUUUUUGCUUCCACCAAACAAAGAUUUGAGGACAUCACAUUGCAGGUCAUGUCAGAACAACCAUUCGCAAACUUUGACUGACCAAUGAAAAAACUAGCAAGAAGUGGACAGUAGCCAAACAGAAAGCAGCUUUCUCAAGCUUUAACGUUCUAGUUUCAAACAGGCAACUUGCAUUCAAGACUACGCUUUUAAAAAUAUUGAUGAAAAAUUUGAGAAACUCUAGAAUGUGUAGUGGAUGGCCGAGAUGUUGUGGCAGUUCUUCCCAUGAGCUAUGCAAAGUCUCUUCAGUUCAAAUCUUAUUCCCAUUGAAGCGAGGUAUAGACAAUGAUAUUGAUGUGAUCAGUCGUGCAGCCUGUAACUGCCAUUCGGAAUACCCAGUGUUUACCUUUUAGAAGUUGCAUAGUUAGAAAACACAUUCCAACUGUCACUUUCCUGAUCUGGUAAGCACUGUUCUGAUUGGUUGAAUGAAGGGUCGUUCUGAUGUGACCCAUAAUGGAGUGUCCUCAGAUCUUUGUUCAGCACUAGCGAGAACUAGGGUUCUGAUUUUAUUGAGAUUGUGUAUGGAGUUUUGUGUGUUCAGUGUUGAAAUGAAGACAAUGGAGGUAAUAGUGUUCACGAGCAUUAAUUGUGAAUAUGUAUUGGCCAUAUCCUUCCUAUCUAUGACUGACCUUGCAGACUUAGUUCCUCUUUCCUGGAACGUGAUGAUAGUUGAUAAUAACUAGGAAGUGUAAGCAGUGUGAGACUGGCUGGCUUAAUCAUGAACUAUGUUUGAAGGGUGAUCCAUUUUUGUUUCAAAUGUUAAAUAUGGUUGUUUUGCCGUCUGAUUCCUGAUUAUGCAAUGUAGAUCAUCAGAUUUCCCCAGUCUUGUAGAGAAUUGAAACAUGAGCCACUUUUAACAGUAUUUCAGUUAUGUCACUGAGGUUGUUCUACUUCCUUGAGGAAAGCAUAUGAAUGAGACAUCACAACUUUACCACAGGCGAAACAAAGAAUCUGGGAUUCAGACACUCAACCAGCAGAUUCUGGCAUCUGGGAGACACAACUCUACUCAGUGUGCACGAUUAUGUCCCUUUGACAUGCCAGGAUCAGAUAAUCCAACAUUUGCUCUGAUUAUAAUCCUUGAUUUGUCCCGUGCUUGUGGAUUUCACCAAAGUGGUAAAAAACCUGCAUCAUUUUGGGCUAUCUUCCCACAUCAAACUGACCAGCUGUUUCAUAACGGAAAUACUGUUUAAAUUGACCUAACACUAAUCUCAUUUCGUUCAUUUGGCCACAUGUUCUCAUGGAUCAAAGACAGUUAUUGAAUUUUGAUGAGUGCAAGUCUGUCUCUUUUAAAAAGAAUAUCCUCUUAUGUGUUGAUCCCGAACACUGCUAAGAGCUUCAUAACUCCCAGGAAUUUAUAGUGUUGUGCUGGAAAUGCCAUGAAUGUUGUGUUUGUGAUUUGUUCGUCUGAAUCAUAGAAAUGUUUACUGGAUGGAAAGGAUAUUCCAUUCUUAUCAAUAGGUCUUAGAAUUAGAUAGUAGUUGUUAUGAAAAUUACCAAUGAAGAUCUAACCAAUGAUUUAGUAUUUUGUGUCAUGAAAGUGAUUGAUGUUUUCAAAUGGAUAUGUAAAUAUGUUUACUGGAGGUAUGCAGAAUGAUGUCUCAUGUUUUUUUUCAAAUGUUAUAAAUCUUUUCCAGAUAAUGAAUGUUGAAAUUUUGACAGAUGUAUAGAUAGUUCAUCAACCCUGAGGGUGUUUUAGAAUGUUGACCUCAGGCCAUGAAUCUUUAAAUUUAACAUCAUCAGAUUGAUGUACCAUAUUUGUCGUAUUAAGAGCCCUAAUC